AUGCGACUGACUCGAGACGAGAUUGAAAAGCACAACAGCAAGGAGUCCUGCUGGGUGGCUAUCCACGGCUCUGUUUACGACGUAACCGAAUUCCUCGCAUCCCAUCCCGGAGGCUCCCAAGUCAUUCUCCGAUGUGCCGGGAAAGACGCAACGGAGGACUUCAUGUCCGUACACGAUGCCGAGUUACUGGCUCAGGCACUCCCACCGUCCGCAUUCCUGGGCACCAUAGACACAGGGACCCUCUCUCCGUCGAACGACACCACCAAAUCGUCAACUGAACCUCGUGAGACGAACACCCCGCCCCCGCUACGCAGCCUGAUCAACCUGCACGAUUUCGAGCACGUCGCCCAGAAACACCUGAGCUCCAACGCGUGGGCGUACUAUUCGUCUGGGGCUGAGGAUGAAAUCAGCAAACGCCAGAAUGCAAAAGCGUUCAAGAAAGUGGCGCUCCGGCCGCGCAUCCUCCGCAAAAUUCCUGCAGUAGACACCUCUACCACGAUAUUAGGAAAGUGUGUCUCCCUCCCGGUGUAUAUGAGCCCGACCGGGAUUGCAAAGCUUGCCCAUCGGGAUGGGGAAUGUGCCCUUGCGGCGGCGGCUGGACACGAAGGUCUCGCGCAGGUGCUCGCCAACGGGUCAAGCUUCUCGAUUGAGCGUGUCAUGGCUGCCCGGACACACCCUCAGCAACCCGUGUUUCAGCAGCUGUAUGUCAACCGGGAUAUAUCCAAGUCAGAGGAGAUAGUUCGGAGGGCGGAGAGAGCCGGUGCGGGCGCGAUAUGGAUUACGGUCGAUUCUCCCGUUGUUGGGAAGAGAGAGAUGGAUGAGCGGUUGAACGUUGAGAUGCAGGGCGACGACCCCUCGCCGAAAGGCCAGGGUGUCGCCAAAACAAUGGCUAGCUUUAUAUCCCCGUUCAUUGACUGGGACAUUCUGAUCUGGCUGCGCGGACUCACCAACCUACCAAUAGUCAUCAAGGGGAUCCAGUGCGUUGAAGAUGCGGUCCUUGCAUAUCAACAUGGAGUCCAGGGGAUCGUCCUUUCCAACCAUGGAGGACGUUCACAGGAUACAGCCCAAUCGCCGCUUCUCACACUUCUCGAGAUCCGCCGAUACGCCCCAUCCUUACUCAAUAGCUCCAUGGAAAUAUACAUCGAUGGGGGCAUCCGGCGCGGUACGGACGUUCUGAAAGCUGUUGCCUUGGGCGCAACCGCUGUGGGACUCGGCCGGCCUUUUCUGUAUAGUCUUGCAGCUGGAUACGGGGAGCAGGGAGUCAGACGGGCAAUCGAGAUACUACGGCAGGAGAUUGAAUCGAACAUGGUGUUUCUUGGGGCGACCAGUUUGAAGGAGCUGGGACCACAUCACCUCAACACCUCUCGGCUCGAGAGAGAUGUGGUGGGAUCGGUGAAGCUCAUCGGCUCCUUUUACGCCUUCAUUCUCAGUCGCUCCGAAAGAGUACGAUUAACCGUCGUUGCCAGGUCAAACUACGAAUCUGUCAAGAAAAAUGGCAUUUUGCUGAAGAGCCAGAAUCAUGGAGAACACCGAUUCUACCCCCAGAAUGUCAUCAGGUCCCCAAAUGAAGUGAAAGCUCCUUUUGACUACGUCGUUUGUGCACACAAAGCAAUUGACCAAGAUACUGUGGCAUCACGGCUGCGACCCACCGUCAAGGACGAAACCACGAUAGUGAUUAUCCAAAAUGGGGUGGGUAAUGAGGAGCCCUUCCGAGCCCAAUUCCCCAAGUCAUCUAUCAUAACCUGCGUGACCUGGGUAGGAGCAACACAGACAAGCCCUGGCGUUGUCCAGCACACCAAAUCCGAGGACAUGCAAAUCGGACUGUUCCCAAAUCCCACCGUAGAUGCCUCACUCGAGCAAAGGCGCCUCGACCUCUUUGCUUCGCUCCUUGAACAAGGAAAAACCAGAUUUCAAGUUCUCGACGACAUGCAGCGACAACGCUGGGAGAAGGUCGUAUGGAACGCCGCGUGGAACUCGCUCACGACUUUGACCAUGCUGGACACCCAGAGUUGGCUUCGCUCCAGCGCUGAUGCGACACCGCUGACUUUGAGACUGAUGCGCGAGGUCAUCGAUGUGGGAAGGCGGUGCGGCGUGGCCCUCGAAUAUACGCUCAUAGAUGAGCUGCUGAGGAAUAUUAAUGCAAUGCCUGGGAUUGGCAGUAGCAUGCAGACGGACUGUAAGAAUGGGAGGCCGAUGGAGGUGGAUGUCAUCUUGGGGUUUCCAGCGAGGAAGGCGAAGGAGUUUGGCAUGGAAACGCCAGUGCUAGAUACGAUUCAUGCUUUGGUGCGAGCUGUGGAUGUGCGGUUGAGGGCGUCUUUAUAG